AUGGGUUUAAGCUUUGACCAAAACGAUCAAAUUUUGUGUAACAAUGUAUUUGAUGACGAUGUGGUGAUAUGGGAAAUCGAGAUCGAAGAUAGAAUUAUGCAGACCAGUGGAGUUGUGUUGAGAACCCCCAUUGAGGAAGAUGAAUAUACCACCACCACCGUCGCUACUAAAAAAGGUUAUGAACGUUAUCAUCUGCCGAUGGCAAAACCAAGGUUAGUGUUGAAGUUCAUAUGGAUGGAGAAAAACAUCGGUCUUGCACUAGACCAAGUGAUUCCAGGAUACGAAAGUAUUCCAUUAAGUCCUUACUAUUUUUGGCCAAGGGAAGAUGCUUGGGAAGAGCUUAAAGUGAUGCUCGAGUGUAAGCCAUGGAUUUCUCAAAAGCAAGUGAUUGUUAUUCUUACUCAAGCUACUAAGAUCAUUAACUUGUUGUAA